CGCUCGCACCUGGUGACGUUUCGCGCCAGCAGCGCCGCAAGCAUGGAGUCAGCGAUGCCAGCAGGAGUCAGUCGAGACGACUCGAACGAAACCGAGAAUGCUGCACAAUGGGGUCGACCCAUGACGCUCGACGACUUUGCACCGCCCCAUGGCACUCUAGGCAGACCACUCACGGCAGAUGACUACGCGCCCCCGCAUCAAGUUGCCGGGAGACCGUUGACACUGGACGACUUUGCGCCGCGUCACCUUCCGCCGAUCUCCCCUCCGAAACCAGUGGUCGACACGCCCGUGGACGACUCGAGUUUCGCCGUCGACGAAACGGCGUCGCAACAGACCGACCCACACACGAUGAAUGUGGUUGAUGAAGAUGUUGUGUCCGACCUCCAAAGAGAGCUCGUGGUAACUCAGGAAUUGCAGCUCGACCACGCAGUGUGGACGACUGAAUCCAUGUCAUCCAACAUGACCCUUCGCGUCGACUCGCUGCCCCCAGCGCACCGGCUGUCGUCGGUGAACCGCAUGGUUACGAUUGCGCGGCCGGACAUGAUUAAAAACGCAAAGAAGCUCGCGAUGUCGCAACGGCUCGGCGCGGGCAAGCCAUUCCUGCGCACAACGAUGCAAGACAUCUCGGAGCUGGGGACCGGCAUCCACUUGUACUUCAUGUUUACCAAGUACAUGGGGGGAUGUUUUUGCUUGAUGUCGAUCUUGGCGCUGCCGUCGCUCAUCAUGAAUGCUAGCGGCCACGGCUUUGAGACGGACAUGAUCGAUCCGCUUCGGUUCUCGACCCUCUGCAUCGCCAACCUCGGAGUGAACUCGACCAUGAACGCUACGACCGACUGGUGCCUCGACAACCCGUUCACGGACGACCCAAACUACGUCAGCUACAUCACGACCGCGUUCGACAUUUUGUUUUCGCUAGCGUUUGUGGGAUUUAUCAUGUUUUUCAAGGUAAAAAUCCAAGCGGCCGUUGCGCAGCAAGCCGAGAACGUCACCCCAGCCAAGUAUGCCGUGUUCGUCCGAGGUCUUCCACGCACAGCGACCGAAGCGGAGAUCGUGGCGCACUUUAACGACUUGUACAAUCCCGAGAACGAGUACAUGGAGCUCCCAUUGUACUUCGGAUGCUGGGGCAAGCGCAAACCCGCGGCCGGCAGACGACACUUGACGACAGGGGGGCGGUUUUCCAAGCCUGUGGCAUCCCUUGACCACGUAAAUGGCAACGAGCUGUACAUGGGCAAGUGGAUCGCCGAAGUGAGCAUCUCGAGGCCCUCAGGCGGACUGUUGAGAACGUUUCUCGCGAUGGAUUACUUGACGGCGAAAGCGGCCGAGCUGCACGACAUUCUGGACACGUACAAGGGGAAUAAGUCGACCGAGCUGGCCAUUCCUAGGAUCGAGAAGAGGCUGAAGAAGGUUCAGGCCCAACUCGAAAAGAAGACGAAUCGAUUGAAGGUCCUCAAGGCCCAAGGUGGCGGUGCGUACCUGACGCAGUGCGACAGUGCUUUCGUUGUGUUCAACUGCGUCGAGUCCCAACGCCGCUGUGUCUGCGACUACCGCACCAGUACAAAAUGGUACGCGCGGUAUUUUCAGCCCAAGUCGCUUCGCUUCCACGGCAUCCACCGAUUGAUUGUCGAGCCCGCACCAGAGCCAUCCGACAUCAUCUGGGAGAACCUCGAGGUGUCUACCCGGCAACGACGCCUUCGACGCGCGGUCACGAAUUUGAUUGCAUUCUUGCUGCUGCUCCUGUCGUGCGCCAUCAUUUCCGUCGCGCAGAGCGCCCAGCAAACGUUCUCGAAGCAAGCGAUUCCGAAUUUUUGCGCUGAAGCCGUGCCGGCCGUGUUCCUUGGGUCGUACGACAACAUCACAAAGUACCAGUGGACGUUGGCAUGGGAUAUGUACCCCACGGACACAGUCUGCCCGGCCGAAGGGUUUUACAUCGCGUAUUCGAACAAGGUCCCCCGCACGACGCAGCCCGUCCCUGCAGGAUCCAACUUUACUCAAUGCAUGGAUCCGUGUGUGUCGCUCGACCCCGCGGUGGACCGGUCGUGCCACACGUUGCCGUGCUUCAAGCCGGACGAGGUAACCAAGCACCGGACUUGUGCCACGUACGCAGCGUCCGAUAUCUUGCAAUGCUAUUGCGAGCCCAAGCUGGCGACCGCAAUCAAAAUGUACGGCAUUGUGGAAGGGCCGCGAAAACUCUACAACAACCAGAUCCCAUGCCAACAGUACUUGGCGAGCUACCUGCGCAAGAAUGGCGCAAUUGUCCUGGCGGCGGGCGUCGUCAUCGUGGUCAAUUUGUGCCUCCAGACCAUCCUUCGAGCGUUUGGGGAAUUCGAACGGCAUACGAGCGAAAGCGAGCGUGCGUCUGCACUAGUGUUCAAGCUGUUUUUCGCCCAGUUGCUCAACACAGGGGUUAUUGUGCUCCUCGUGAAUGCCAGCUGGACCGACGUCCCUCUCCCAUUGAGCCUCGACAAGAUCUUCCACGGCGAAUUCCCCGACUUUGUCCAGAAAUGGUAUGUCGCAGUCGGCGUCGGCAUUGCCACGACCAUGCUUGUCAACUCGGUCGCCCCCCAAGUCGCCCCGACCUUGAAUGCGUUCGUGAUCGCGCCUAUGUCGCGGUGGUUGGGCCAGCGCGCCGCGAUCACACAAAAGCAGCUGGAUGAGCUGUACGCAGGCCCGCCAUUUGACAUAUCCCUCCGGUACCCCCUGGUGCUCAACACCGUGUUCGUCACGAUGAUGUACUGCGGCGGCAUACCCGUCCUGCUCCCAAUCGCCGCUGCGUCCUGCUUGAUUACGUAUUGUUGCGACAAGCUCACGCUGAUGCGGCUGUACUCGAUUCGCACGGCAUACGACGAGGCGCUGGGGAAGCUGGCGUUUUCGAUGCUGCCGUUUGCGCUGCUCCUCCAUCUCGGGUUUUCAACGUGGAUGUACGGAAACAACCAGUUUUUGCGCUCCAACUUGUUGGACGUGACGUGGGUCCUGACCAGCCUCGGGCUCAACCACGGCAACGCUGUCACGGACGUCAACGAAAUUUACGAAUCGUUUCGCGACAUCGUGGCCAAGUACGACCCGCUCGGGCGCCACGGCCUCGCAUCCAAGAUCUUUCGCACGAACGUGUUUCCAAUGUUUGCCAUGUUUGUCAUGGCGGCAUGUUCAGUCUUUCUGUCUCAGUUCAUUCGGGCUCUGCUGUGGCCUAUCCUGGACAAGACAGUCGGGCUCGUCUUGCAGCUUGUGUCGCUUCUCGGGGCAUCCGCUGUCGCGAGCCUUCGCAAGUUGUGCCUGCGCAAGCAAUAUGGCGCGUCGGACGAUGGCAGCACGAUCCCGCAGUACCCAGACUUCACCGGGUACUUUGAAAAGACGGUCCCGAUCAAGGCCAAAAUCGACCGAGAAAAAGGAUUCGAGCGGGUGCCAGCGACGGGGGUGCUCAUUCGAAAGUGGCUCGUCCACACGGCGACGCGAGACGCUGGCGACCGCAUGCUCACAUGGGAAGCGUUCACCGCUCCAGUCAAGACGUACAACAUUGAAGCCAAUCCCAAGUACAAGAACGCUGUCGUGGAAAUGCAACAAGCUGCCAAACGGAUGCACGUUGAGCUGGUCGAGAAAUCCGCGACGGCCGUGCCACGACGGAAUCCAGCGACCGUGUCGCCCAUGUAGCGUUUGUUGCGUAUCAAGAUCAAACGAGAAUUCUUCUACCGGGUCGACCUGCAUGCGCACCUCCCACAGCGCCUGCCCAACGCGUAGAGCAUCACAAGUGUAUGCCCAAUGCAGAACGAAUUGCAAUUUGACGCCAUGGGAUGGAGCGCC